CACUCAAGCCAUUACAAGGAUGAUUCUGAAGACUCUGAGUUGGAGAACAUCAUGCAACAAGACCCCCACCACAGCGGGGACCACCCUCACCCGCCUCUGGGCGGCUAUGAGCACAGCCCCGACCAUGAGCACUCCCACCCGGUGGACAGGGAGGCAGAGGGUGGUGACACCCCCGGGACGCCCACCUUUUUGCGGCCCCCCAUGGCGGGUGGCAGGGCCCAGUCAGACAACCAGGGCGUAGGGAGGCUGCAGUUGGGUGGAUGUGGGAUGGUGGAUCACUAUGACAUACAGUCUCCCCUCAGUCCCACCAGGCCCAAGAGCCCCUGGGGCCGCUUUGAUCCCUACGACUUUCCAGAGGACCAAGACAAGGACUAUGUGGGCUUUGCCACACUGCCAAACCAAGUGCACCGUAAGUCUGUCAAGAAGGGCUUUGACUUCACCCUGAUGGUAGCAGGGGAGUCUGGUCUGGGCAAGUCCACCCUGGUCAACAGCCUCUUCCUCACAGACCUCUACAAGGACAGGAAGCUACUCAACGCUGAGGAGCGGAUAACUCAGACAGUGGAGAUCACUAAACACACAGUGGACAUUGAGGAGAAGGGCGUCAAGCUGAAGCUCACCAUCGUAGACACCCCUGGCUUUGGAGACGCUGUCAAUAACACUGAAUGCUGGAAGUCAGUGGCGGACUACAUCGACCAGCAGUUUGAGCAGUACUUCAGGGACGAGAGUGGACUGAACAGGAAGAACAUCCAGGAUAACAGAGUCCACUGCUGCCUCUACUUCAUCUCUCCCUUCGGACACGGCCUGAGGCCUCUGGAUGUGGAGUUUAUGAAGGCCCUUCAUGAGAAGGUCAACAUUGUGCCAAUCCUGGCCAAGGCAGAUACACUCACACCCACCGAGGUCAAGAAAAAGAAAUUCAAGAUCCGAGAGGAGAUCCAGCAGUAUGGGAUUAAGAUCUACCAGUUCCCAGACUGUGACUCUGAUGAGGAUGAGGACUUCAAACAGCAGGAUCAGGAGCUCAAGGACAGUAUACCGUUUGCGGUGAUCGGCAGCAACACGGUGGUGGAGGCCAAAGGGAAGAGGGUCAGGGGUCGUCUCUACCCCUGGGGCAUCGUGGAAGUGGAGAACUCGGCCCACUGUGACUUUGUGAAGCUGAGGAACAUGUUGGUGAGGACACACAUGCAGGACCUGAAGGAUGUGACACGGGAGACCCACUAUGAGAACUACAGGGCUCACUGCAUUCAGAGCAUGACCCGCAUGGUGGUGAAGGAACGCAACCGCAAUAAACUGACCAGGGAGAGCGGCACAGACUUCCCCAUCCCUGUGAUACCAAGUACCACAGACACAGAGACGGAGAAGCUAAUCCGAGAGAAAGACGAAGAGUUGCGGCGAAUGCAAGAGAUGCUCACAAAGAUCCAGGAACAGAUGCACACGCAGAAGGAGACCUAUUAACCAAGGCUACUACUAGAACCCCUUUCCCCUGUGUAAAUAUAGGCCCCUUCUUUCCACUACUAGGGUGGGCACCCCUAGUACCACUCUACUCUAGUCCACAAACAUUGUCUGCUCCAGCUCAUCCAACCCCAACUGCCACCACUCCUCAUUUAGUCAAUAACCCUAACUAUCAGAGACUGAUCCAAGACAAGGCAUGAGGCAUUUACAGACCGGAGGUGGCAUGGUGAGAAGUUUCUUCUUCCAACAACAUGGAAGCCUUGCAUCUCCACACCUGUUGUGGGAACUCUAACGGUAACAACGGGCACCCCUGUCAGGUGCCAUUGCUAGAGCACAACACUGGUCCGGACAUCACAGACCUAACCACCUGCUUGUCCUUACAGGGUUAUGGCCGGGUCCUGCCUGCCUGCCUUCCACCCAUAGUUUAUAUGUGGUCUUGUCAAAAGAUAACUUUUUGCCUUCCAGUUUUGUCGCUAAUGUUCCUUGAUGUUUCUCCUUAGUGAACUCUAACCCCUGACAUUGGUUAAGGGAUAGACUGUAGAGCAUGUGUUGUCCUCUCCCUCUGCUAGGUGUUUGAAAGUUUAUAUUGUAACAAGUUUAGAUGUGUGGUCUUAACCAACCUAGACAAGGUAUGGUUUGAGGGAGGUUGGCCUGCCAGAUUUGUAUUUUUUUGUCAUGCACAAUUUUUUCCCAAGAGCAUUUUUAAAAGGUCAAUACUGUAGAUGGGCAUCUUUUUUUACUAUUACAGGAUUGCAUCUAUCACUUGUAAUUAUUUUAUUUGCAUUGCUACACAGAAUAGCAAGAAAUUCCUUGUUGUGGAAUGAAUGACAAAUGUUACUGAAGUAGUGUUGUGUGUUUUUGGACAAAUGUAUGUUAAUAGGGCUAAUUAGUUUCCUUCAUGUUUCCAGUUCUAGCAUGCUCAAAUCUGGGUUGUUCGUUCUUGUAUAUAACUGACAAAGGAAACCCACUACUUACAGUUCUGAUAUCUGUAAUGAUAGUUUCCUGGAAUAUUGUUGACUUGCAGCUCUCCAGGGUCGUGUUCAGGGUCUUGUUAAAACUUUCUGCAGCGAAAAUCAAAAGGUGUGUUCUUAGAACGGGAUUCAAUCCGAUUAUAGACAUUGUGACUUUUAAAGGCAAUUUCAGAUUGAGCUGACAUGCACAUUUACGUGAUAGGAUCUCCGCAAACAUGGGGAACAUUGCCUUUUAAAACCCGAGAUCGGACUGAAUCCCGGCCCGAAUGGACAAGUUCAGGCAGUAACUCCCCGUAGAAUUAUAUAUUUUUUUACUGAACACGACCCAAACGGAGAAAAGAGCAGGCUUGAGCUACUUAAGUGCCAGUCAAGAGACGCUGGCCUGGGGACCAAGCAGACAGGACAAGCCCCUUAUUCUGCCGGAUGUCAGGGGUUAGAGAAUGACCGGAUCGCCUCGUAUCUUAUAGAAGUGUCUGAUAUAGCAAGCCUUCAUUCAUGGGUUGAUAUACUCCGUAGACUUGAUGUUGAUUGUGGACAGUAAGUAUGCACCUACUCUUUUGAAGUACAUAUGUUUGUGGAUGGUUUUAUUAUGCAGUCAAAACAAGAAAUCAUGUAAUUCUUAUUUAGGUAUUUUCAACUUCCACGUUUCCCCACAAUUUUGGCUUUAAACAAGUUUUGUUAUAAGAUGAAUAGUUGUGUAUUUAUUUUCCUCGGGUGCAAAUAUGAGGUCAUUCACAAGGAACAAGUCAUGAGAUAAAAAAAUACAUGUUUUGGAUUGUAUGAAUAUGCCAGAAAAAUGAAUGUUUCAAUGAGAAUAAAAUAUGUCAGAUCUGUA